UUCUAUCAUACAAAAAACAACUACAAUAAUGGUUUCGAAUUACAUAAUUUUAGCUUCAUUUCUCAUAAUCAUCUCGACCAUAGUUAACCCAUCCUCGGCUACAAUCCCACGACGACUCGCAGUUGUUCAAACACCAGCUACCAUCUUAACUUACCACAAGGGCUCAGUCCUUCAUGGCAACAUAACCAUCAACCUCUUAUGGUAUGGAAAGUUUUCACCGUUACAAAAAACGACUAUUGUUGAUUUUAUCAAGUCCUUCAACAAUCCCGUCACAGCGCAGCCUUCUGUAGCUUCAUGGUGGCAAACCACCAAAAGCUACAAAGGCGGACUCAGGAGGAUUCAAGUUGGAAAACAAAUUUUCGACGAUAAAUACUCCCUUGGGAAAUCCCUAAAAGAUUAUCAUCUUAUUUCUUUGGCUUCAAAAAGCAAAGGCUUCAAUGUUAUUAGUGUGGUGUUGACGUCAACAGAUGUUUUUGUGGAAGAUUUUUGUAUGAACCGGUGUGGGACCCAUGGUUCCACCCGAGUAAAUAAAGGACAUAAUUUUGCUUAUGCAUGGGUAGGUAACUCGGCUACCCAGUGUCCAGGCCAAUGUGCUUGGCCUUUUGCCCAACCCAUGUUUGGUCCAAAAAUGCCGCCAUUGGUGGCCCCCGAUGGUGACAUUGGUGUAGCUGGAAUGAUAAUCAACCUGGCUACGGUUCUAGCCGGGACAGUGACAAACCCAUUUGACGGCGGAUACUAUCAAGGUCCGGCUACUGCUCCGUUGGAGGCCGUAACAGCUUGCACUGGUAUAUUUGGGUCGGGCUCUUUUCCAGGUUACCCGGGGACAGUUUUAACGGACAAAAAGACUAAAGUUAGUUACAAUGCGCUGGGUAUGAACCAACGUAAGUAUCUGUUGCCGGCUAUGUGGGACCCAAAGACAUCUACGUGCAAGACACUCGUGUGACAAAUAAGUGGAUAUCUAUAAAGAUGACAUGUCAGGAUAAGACUUGUCAUACGUAUACGUGUAUUUGAUACACCUUGAUUUGUUUUUUUGUUCUUGAAUUUAUUUAUACAAAGAUAUAUUUACAACAAGUGAAACAUGUAAAAAACUACUUCGAUACG